GCGGGCAGCGAGUUAGGUUGCAGCACGGCGGCGCCGGCUCUGGAGAGGGGGAGGGCGAAAAAAAAAAUCGGGGGGGUUUCCGUGUCCCGGGAGGUCGGGAGCACGUUGUAGAGGCCGGGGGUGAGGAGUCGGAACCCCCCCCUCCACCUGUCUGCGUUGGUAGAUCCCCUUCUCCCCCCCACACACGGACCAUGGGGAACGUGCUGGCGGCCGCUUCCCCGGGGCCCACCGCCGCCCCCGCCCCCGUCCCCGGGCCCAGCGUCAGGCCCGGCGGCUUCACUGUGCCCCCGGGCUUCACCGUGCCGCCGGUACCGCCCGGACCCGAGCAGCAGCAGCAGCAGCGAGGGGCGGCCGGGCCUGGAGCCCAGGCCGAGGGCAAGCUGCCCAACCCGGGCACCUUCGAGGAAUGUCACCGCAAGUGCAAAGAACUUUUCCCUAUUCAGAUGGAAGGAGUGAAACUCAUUGUAAACAAAGGUCUCAGCAAUCACUUCCAGGUGAAUCACACCGUGUCACUCAGCACGUUAGGAGAAUCCAGCUACCACUUUGGAGCAACAUAUGUUGGCACGAAGCAGCUCAGUCCCACUGAGGCCUUUCCAGUUCUUGUUGGCGACAUGGAUAACACAGGCAGCCUGAAUGCACAACUCAUUCAUCUACUAACAGACAGAGUGCGGUCGAAAAUGGUGUUACAGACGCAACAGUCAAAGUUUGUGAACUGGCAGGUGGACUCAGAGUAUCGAGGAAAUGAUUACACAGCAACACUGACGCUGGGAAACCCCGACAUUCUCAUCGGAUCAGGAAUCGUCGUGGCUCACUAUCUACAGAGUAUCACGCCGAGCCUGGCUCUGGGUGGGGAACUUGUCUAUCACCGGCGACCAGGAGAGGAAGGUGCAGUCAUGUCUGUCGCUGGCAGGUAUACAGGCAGUAAUUGGAUAGGAACCCUCACGCUCAGUCAGGCGGGAGCACAUGCUACAUACUAUCACAAAGCCAACGACCAGUUACAGGUAGGUGUGGAACUGGAAGCGAGCUUGAGAAUGCAGGACACCAGUGUGACGUUUGGGUAUCAGCUGGACCUGCCCAAAGCGAACCUGCUGUUUAAAGGGUCAGUAGACAGCAACUGGGUGGUUGGAGCGUCGUUGGAAAAGAAGCUGGUGCCAUUACCACUGACUUUAGCGAUGGGAGCCUUCCUGAACCACAGGAAGAACAAGUUCCAGUGUGGCUUCGGCCUGACGAUUGGUUAAUCACAGUCAGGGAAAGGUCUCCCGCAGCCAGCAGAGGAAGGCAGAAGGGUUUUUUUUCAUUUUUACUGGAAUGUACAGAGACCGUCGAACCUGGGGCCAUUCACUGAUGGUACAGCACGCUGCUCCGGGACCGGGAGGGGGCCGGGGUGAUGGGAGGAGGGGGAGCAGAGAGGGGGUGUGGGAGAUGGGUGAUGAAGCAGCGCAGCUCACAACCUCCCACACCCCCCCCCCUCUCUCCACAGGGGUGGGGUCGUCUGUGUCCGAUCGCUCUGGUUGGCGUUCACUCAGCUCGAGAACAAUGUCGAGGGAGACCGGUUCGCUCCAAGUGAGCGUUCCCCACUCCCUCUCCGUUUCCCCUCCUAGCCGCCCCCUCCCCCACACCUCCCGCUCGACCCCCUCCAGCUCCUAUCAACAUCGGGCACCUCUUUCCUCAGAUGUUUUUGAAAUCGUCGUCAUGUGAGUUUCCCUUCUUGCGUGCUCUCCCUCCCAUGCUCGCCCACCCUCUUUUCCCCCCCCCCCGCCAUGGGCUGUGAUCUCACCGCAGCGCGAGUGCUGGAGAGGGUGAGUGUGGCCUUGGGGGUGAGUUCAGUUUGAGAGACAGACCGUCAGAUAGAGACGGUCUGUGUAGCGGCACCAAGAUCUGAAGCCACUGUCAAAAUAGUUGUCGUCUUUUUUCUUUGGAAACUCGCUCGUCCUUAAAAGACACGAGCUUUUCCUCAGGCAGAAUCUUAAAAAUGUUUCAGAUGAAGGAGGGACUUUCUUGUUGUGGGUGAGACUGGCAGCACCAGCAUCUAUCGCCCCAUCCCUAAUUGCCCUUUGAGAAGGUGAUGGUGAGCUGUCUCGUUCACCCUCUGUCGUCAGUGCGGUGGCAUUGUCACAGUGGGGCGCCUCCUCUGGGAGAAGUGGGGGUGUUUUGGCUACAGCGCUGCAUCGAGUGACAUCCAAACCUCGCGUUUCCUUUCAUUACAUUAACUCUCGGACUUGCAGAGAGGGCUCACUCAAUACCUCCUGCUGCCUCACUAUUCACUUUGCUUUCCAGAUGGUUACAUGAUUGCGCUGGUGGGGUAGGACGUCCAGAAUUCAUCUCCCUCCCCCUCCCUCCAAAUCUGUCACCAACUCCCUCCCCCAGCAGACUUUUGACAUGGGGCAUUAUUGCAGCGUUAGCCCCUCACCAUCCCACCGGCGGAUGCGAUGUUUUGGGUUGGGCAGUAGAUGGAUUGGAGUGAAGAUAUCUCCUUUUCCUUGUUGGAUUUGAAUUGCGUUCCCCCCCCCCCCCCCCCCCC